AGAUUAUAAGAAGAAGUUGCAGAAGCACACCCUGAACAAACCAAAAGAUCAAUCGAACAUGAAGAAGAAGAGCAUUCAUGACAUCCUCCCUCUUGAGUUGAUUCACAGAAUCUUCCUGAGAGUGCCGGCCAAACAUCUCGCUCGCCUCAGGUGCGUUUCGAAACUCUGGUACUCUCUCAUUUCCGAUCCACACUUUGCUGAAAUGCAUUUUCACCAUUCUCCCACUUCCACCAACGCAUGCGUCUUCGUAGAAAAAGGCACUGUGGCUUACUUUGUUGACUUAGACGCAUUAUUUAGUGACAACAAUGAUGCAUUACAAGUAAGAAAGGUGUCUCCCCCUUUCAAGUUGGAAUCACCACCUCAUUUUGAGGUCCUGGGAUCCUGCAGAGGCUUUGUUCUCUUACAUCAACACGAAAGAUUUCUUGUGGUAUGGAACCCACUGACUGGAUCCAGCAAAUUGAUAUCCUACUCUCAUAUUGCUUCUCGUUCUAAGUACAAGGACUGGCUUCCCUUGGGGCACCAUCCGUAUGGAUUUGGUUAUGAUACUUCAAAGGAUGACUACUUAGCUGUUGUACCGUGGCAGGAUAAGCAUGGCCAAGAUCACUUUGAUUGCUUUUCCUUGAGAACCAAUUCAUGGAUUGAUUUUAAUGCUGCGCUCCCCAAACCCUUGGGUUUUAGUGACUGGGAUUCAUCUGGGUUGUUUUUUAAUGGCGCUAUUCAUUGGGUGCCUUCCAUUUUUAACGAUUACAGGGAUGCUAUUCUUAUCUUUGAUCUCAAGAAAAGGACUUUUUCAAUGAUAUCUGUCCUAGAGCAACUGGGAACGAGUUCAAGGAUCUAUUUAGGUCUUGCCCUAUUAGGAGGCUGCCUAGCCUUCUAUAAUCGCGGAUUUAAUAGAGUUAAAACUGAGAUAUGGGUGAUGAAAGAAUAUAAAGUGCACUCAUCUUGGACUCUCUAUCAGAUUCCUAUCUUUGACUUUUGGCCUCUGUACUUAUCCAGUGCUAUGGAUCUUAUUGGAAAUCGUUAUAAUUCGGAGUUCUUCAUAUACAAUCUCAGAUAAGAGAGGCUCCAACAUUUUAAAUAUCCAUGUUUUCCGGGUGCCGUUCUUGAAGCAGAUGCUGUGUAUACAGAGAGUCUCUUGCUGCUCCCUAGUGACAUUAAGGAUAAAGAUGAGAAGGAGGAGGAAAAGGGCCAUCAAUUUCUCCACGAAUUUUUUCAACAACUUGAUGUUGCUAAAGGUUAGCAUCAAGGAGGAUUCAAACAAAGAAAGAAUACAAGUGAACAGCUUGACACGUUGAGAAAACCAUUUGAAAAUUGCAGAUUAAGUUUAGUCUCUUUU